AUGGAAUCACUCCUGGGCGGCCGCUCACUCCCUCCCGACUUUGAGCAUGACGAUAAGCGGAAACGCCGCCGCUUGACGGAUCGAGUUCCGCUCCCUACGCCCGCCAACUCGGCGCCAUCCGCCACUGCAUCAAAUACGACACCGCGCACCUCCCCCGUGGUAACAACCACUGCGCUCCCCUACCUUCCCCCGUCUCCCCCAGCCAAUGCUCCAUCUCCAUCCGCACCCGUCUCGGCACCUCCACCCUCAAAUCCUCCCCCUCCCGAAACCCUUCCCCUUCUCCAGGCAGUUCUCGCCGCCGGACAAAUCCGCCUCCUCUCAGCCGCCGACCUCGCCGCCGAUAACUUAGGUGCAUACAAUACCAUCCGUGAAGCGAUCGCGGCAGCAUCGCCCCGCCCCGGCGGACUAGAAGCCCUCCAGGCGGCCCUUGCUCAGGGUCCGAUUGCUGGCGAGCGCAACUUUGCCAUCACGCGCCAAGCCCUGGCAGCCUUAAACCUUCCUCUGGAGCCGACGAAUGUGACUGUGGCUUUAGGACUUCCACGCAGCGAACGCGAGGGCGGAUCAAAAAUGGCGCUUCCCUUCUUCUUCGCCUCGCAUGGCGGAUUAGUAGGCCUCUUCACGGCUAUGCGGGCAGGUCUGGGCGCGUUAGGAGGCUUGAUGGACGCCGCCCAGUUGGCCAGGACUCGCGCCUGGCUUAGGGGACGGUCGGUGCCGGCGCCUCCGAAAGGAGGGAUGGCGGCGUAUGGCCUGGUGCUUGGACAACAGGCAGAGUUGUGGGUCAUGACCCGCGGACCAUAUUUUGUCGCCCGGGCAUGGUCGGGACGACUUGGUACGCCCGAGUUUGCGGGUGUGCUUGCCAAUAUCCUUGGGGCUCGCGAGAGGGCCAAUUUCAUCGCGCAGUGUCUUCAAACUAUCAAGGAGGGGCGGGAGGCUCUUGCGAGUGCAGGCGAACAGCCGUUCGAUACGUGGUGGCGCGGGAAUGGGGGAGAUACGCCUGCACGCACGUUUGAGCGUCGGCUUGCGGAUAUGGGGUUUGCGGAUGGGGGAGCACGAGUUGUGGCGUGGGUCAGGGCUCAAGAUACGCAGACGUAUCUAGCCCCGGAUCAGGAGUAA